CCACAAAGAAACCAAAAAUUUUUUGUACUAUAGAAUAAUCUUGGCUAUUAGACUCACCGAAGUCUACCAAAUCAAAAGAACUGUCUGUUACAUGGCCACGUUCUUAAUUCGGGCACAUCUCAAAGACACAACACGGCAAAAUCAUCUCUAGCUGAAUGCAAUCGUCUUCGGAAACCUUCGGAAGCCCUUAAUUACGGUUCGGGAAUUUCCGGAUCCAAGAUGGCUGCGCCCUGUAGAAAUGCUCGCGCCUUGGUGACCUGUGUACUUAGAUGUUCCUCAUGUCACGUCAGAACCCACUGGAAACCAGUUAGGCAGCCAUGCAUUUUUUCAAUGCAGCAAAGAAUGAAGACAUCCUACAGGACAUACAGCACACCAUCCAUCCAACAAGUACUAACAGAUGCAGAAGAGGAACAAAGACCUCUGAAACCUCCAAAUAGGGUCGCCUGGCACCCCACAGAUGAUGUCUACCAUAUAAGGUAUUAUCCCUGGUAUCCCAGCCCACUGGAGGAGUGUCUACAACAGAUGAGGAAAGCUGCAGAGUUGGAGUUCAGACAGCCUGACAUCUGGGUACAGAUCAGUCUGGAACUGGACACCAAGCUGCAGAAAAAGAAAAAGGUGGAGCCAUUUAUUGGAAGUGUCCACCUCCCCCACACUAUUACUGAGCCCAAGAAGAUACUGGUGUUUGCAACAGAUCCUGAUGAUAUUGAAGAAGCCAAGAAGUGUGGUGCUCACAUUGUUGGGGGCCCGGAGCUCAUCCAAGAGAUCCUACAGGACAAACUUGAGUUUGACUACUGUGUGUCAGUCCCCUCUCUUACCCAAGACCUCCAAGUCCUCAAGAAGAAGCUUCAGAAAAAGUUUCCCAAGAAAAAGAGAAACACAGUUGGACAUGACAUCUCCUACAUGGUUGACCUGUGGAGUAGAGGUCAGAAAUAUGCCGCCCUCACCUACAACCACCCUAAACAGGAGGGGAAGGGUCAUGUCAAUGUCAUCAUCGGGAGGCUGGACAUGACAGAUGAACAGCUGACUGAGAACAUUGACUGUAUGAUCAAGGCUGUCUGCUCACACAAGCCUCUCAGCUUCGGUCCGUUUGUGACAAGAGGCUUGGUACAUGCAAAAGGAACCCCGUCAUACAAGUUCCAAGUAGAACCGUUCCUUCCUGAAGAACCAAAAGAUGAUAUGUUUGAAUAAAAACUAAACUUUAAGUUGUAGUUGAUUGGCUAGAAGGGGUAUGUAUAGUACAAGUAGGUUUUUACAUCC